CAUCAAGAGGCUAGUGUUAUGUGUGCAAAACAAAAAACGGUGUUAAAACCUUCUUAGUGUCAAUAUUGUCUAAAUAGUUGGCAGGAAUAAUUCUCCACUCUGAGCUAAGUGAGUUCAUAUGCGGAUUCUGUAGGGAGAACCAGUGGGAUAAGACGCAAGCGGUUAAUGCACCAAGGUUAAAGGUGGAAGUAUUAGGAACCGUAUUAGUUCUCAUAGAAGCUGUUAACGAACUCCAGUUGGGUUUUUCCCCUCUCAGAGUCCUCGCAGAACUUCUUUUUUCUCCCAUUCUUUGAUUGUUUACCACUGGCCAAUUCUCAAUAAGUGGUUCUUCCUGCAGGUGCAACACACAAGGUCUUAAUCUGUGGCGCAGCUAAUGUCUGUGGUACAUCGAGGAUUUGCGGGGUGUAAGAUUAGAGCUCACCGCCGUCAUAAAUCUCUGCUUCUCAAUUCGACUGGGUGGCAGCGGGUGGGGCAGUUGAUAGAAGUUAUCUGUGGGCUGUGGAUUUGCUGGAUAAAAGGUCGGUGCGUCUCCACGUAGGGUCAAGAUCUCUGGAUUUCUUUUUGUCUAUUUUAGGCCAAGAAACAUCUCAGUCUUGUGGGAGUGGCCACGUGUUUUUUUGUUUCUAGGAUCUUUGACUUUCCAACCUGACGACUUGAAGGUUUUUGCGGUUGUUUUCCGUGUCUCCAUGAUGAACUACUGUAUACCGGAUAUGUAUGAGAUGCCCCACACAGCGGUGGGUGGGUAUACUGUUCAGGGCGGUGGAGACCACUGUAUGUACCAAUGUGACGGACCCGGGUACGGACUCUGUGAAACCCAACCGCUGCACCACCACCCACCCUGUGAGGAGCAGGUGUGGGCCCCCACUCAGCACUACUCCUGCUCCUAUGCCGGUGCUCCACCGGUUUUUAAGAGCGAGUUCUGCAGCAUGGACAUCCCGCUUAGUCAUUUCCACCAUCAGCCUGAGUAUUUCCAAGAGAUUAAAGCUGACUUUUCACACCUUCAGUGGAUGCAGGGUCCACACAGGAAAGGGUACAUACCAAGUUACCUAGACAAGGAUGAGCUAUGUGUAGUGUGCGGGGACAAAGCUACAGGCUACCACUAUCGCUGCAUUACAUGCGAAGGUUGCAAGGGUUUCUUCAGGAGGACGAUCCAGAAAAAUCUCAACCCAACCUACGCCUGUAAAUAUGAGGGGAAAUGCGUCAUUGACAAAGUGACCAGAAACCAGUGCCAGGAAUGUCGCUUCAAGAAGUGCAUCGCGGUGGGAAUGGCGACCGACUUGGUGUUGGACGACAGCAAGAGGCUGGCCAAGCGGAAGCUAAUCGAGGAGAACCGGGAGCGCCGUCGGAAGGAGGAGCUGCAGAAGACGGUGUGGGACCGGCUGGAGCCCACCCAGGAGGAGUGGGACCUGAUCCGCAUGGUGACCGAGGCCCACAUGGCCACCAACGCACAGGGCAACCACUGGAAGCAGAAGCGGAAAUUCCUGGUCGAGGAAGCUAUGCUUCUUAAUGAAAUAACAUGUAAUUUAUUCUAUACUUCUGACCAGAGUGCAGCGGGGGUGAAGGAAGCUAAGCCUGAGGAUAUUGGUCAAGCGUCCAUGGUAAAUGCGCCUGAAGGAAACAAAGUGGAUAUAGAAGCCUUCAGUCAGUUUACAAAAAUUAUCACCCCUGCCAUAACCCGAGUGGUGGACUUUGCCAAAAAACUGCCUAUGUUUUGUGAGCUGCCUUGUGAAGACCAGAUCAUCCUGUUGAAAGGCUGUUGCAUGGAGAUCAUGUCACUGCGAGCGGCCGUUCGCUACGAUCCAGAGAGCGAGACCCUCACGCUCAAUGGGGAAAUGGCGGUCACCCGGGGUCAGCUUAAAAAUGGAGGCCUGGGCGUAGUGUCGGAUGCUAUCUUUGACCUUGGCGUGUCACUGUCCUCCUUUAACUUGGAUGACUCCGAGGUGGCUCUGCUGCAGGCUGUCAUCUUGCUUUCAUCUGAUCGUCCGGGUCUGACUAGUGUGGAGCGAAUCGAACGCUGCCAAGAGGAGUUCCUGCUGGCCUUUGAACAUUACAUCAACUACCGCAAACACAAAUUGGCGCAUUUCUGGCCCAAGCUGCUAAUGAAGGUGACGGACCUACGGAUGAUCGGUGCCUGCCACGCCAGCCGAUUCCUCCACAUGAAAGUGGAGUGUCCCACUGAGUUAUUCCCUCCUCUCUUCCUGGAGGUCUUCGAGGACUGACCAAUGGAUUUAGUGUAUGUGUGUGUGCAUGUAUGUAUGUGCGAGUGUGUAUGUGUGCGUGUGUGAGUGUGUGUGCAUACGUCAGCGCCUGGGCACCCUGGUGGUCUCAGGGAUGGAACCAGCAGAAGGCCCAUCACAAUGAACUUUCUAUUAGCACUACUGAGUGUCACUUCAUUCCAUAGAGUAGGAGUAGCUCUCUGGUCUAGUUUUGGAUGGAACCAUUCCUUACAGUGCGGGUACAUGUGAAUAGCAUUUUUUUUUUUUUCUGUUGUUAUUAUUGCAGAUAUAACCUCUCACCUCGGAUUUUACUAUAGUUUUAUUUUGUUUGUUAAUGAUUGUACAGUUGGCGUAAUGGUGAUUUUAUGACACUUGCUCAUUCAUUAGAAACCAUGCAAAUUAUUUUUCUUCCCUUAUGCUGAAAAUUCAGAAUGGCUGCUCACCUGACACACAGAUUCAGUCGUCGUAAGCAACCCUUUGGCCUUUUCCCCACCCUGCUCAGAUUCAUUUGACCCAUUGGCGGGUUAUUAUGUUACCUGUCAUGUAGUCAUUUAUUUAUCCGGUGAGUGUCUGGACUCUUCACUUUCUCACCAUCUUACUGUGACCUGACCUGGCAGUCAACCCUCACUCUUAAGGACAUUAACCCACAUGCCUUGUCGUAAAAGCUCGGGGUAGCCACCAGUUUCAACAUUUAGUCGUGAAGCUGCGUUCCAGAGAAGUACGAUAAAUCUACAUUAUUUUUUAUCUGCAAUUUUGGAGAAAAUGCCAGAUGAUUUCAAGUCCAACACAAUGUAUUUGAUGUCAUAUCGUGGCAGCAUGCACAGUAAACACUACAAUACCGUUAAAUAUUUUUACUAUUUUCAUGUUAGUAUACUAUGCCCAUUAUUUAGGCUAGUUAAGGUGUAAGUAAACGACGACUCUUGACAUGUAACGUAACACCAACAGUUGCCAAUGUGCUUUGAGUGAAAGGCUCUAGACACCACAUUAGAGCCAUUAUGGAAGAUUAAAAACACCCGAUGAUUUUAUUUUUGAGAGAACUUUUACAUUAACAAUCAAAGUUUAGUUUGCAUUUUAAGGAAUUAUAACAUUGCAGACUAAAUAUAUAUAUAAAGAAGCUUCUGCUGAAAAGAAUAAAUUCAUGAAACAAAAAAAUGUUGUAUUAAAGCUGCAGGAGUUAAAAUCACAGAAUGCACAAAUAUGUUCUGUCUUCUCUAAAUAUAAAUAUAGAUGAACCUGACGCUGUUUCACACAGUUAUAGAAAAGUUAAGCCACUUGUCCAGACCGCCAUCUGCCAGAAUCUGAUCAGCGAUUGGUAAUUACAGCUGUCAGUCAUGUAUUUAACUCCCAUAAAUGUCUGAAAACACCUGUGAUUAGACAAAAACCUGCAUCGUGGAGUAAAUUUUCUACAGUCUGGAAACACAGGGUAGGAGUAGAUGUCCUCUCAGACCAAUAAAUGACAAUAUGGUAAGAAGUAAUAAUGGAAUUUUUGCACAGUGAUGCUAAAAAACAAUCAAGCACUGCAGCUUUAAGCAAAUAGAUCAGCCAGUGAAUGCACCACAACAUGAUAGAUACUGAAAAUUAAAAUACUAAAAUUGAAAACAAUGAAAACAGAUAUUUAAGACAGACUACCUGUUAAACUGAGAAGUUGUGGAAGUGGUCUCAAAAUCUAAAAAAUUAAACAAUAUUGUUGUUCUUUAGGGGCUCAACACAAAAUAUAAUUAUCAAUGCAAUGGUAGAGAAAUUUCCUGCUUGAUAAGAAAAAAAACUUUUUAAUUCCUUAUUGCAAUUUAUUCCAUUUUGAUUUGUAACAACAAUAGAGUUGACAAAUGGCUCUAAUCUGCUGUCAUAGCUGCACUGAGGACUGUCUGGCCUGAGGAAAUCCUGCAGAUGCUUGGAACGCAGUAGUAGCAUUAAUGUGUUGUUGUCAGAGACUGGUCAGGACUAUUUUUAAGCACAUAAUGACACCGAUGUCAGGAAUAGACAAUCAUACAGUAAAGUACUCGUUUUGUGUAACAAUGCCACAUGCUGUGCCAAAACCAGGUGAAUGAUGCCCUCCUAUUGAAUCCCUGCCGGGCUUUCAAAGCGAUACCAAGACUUGACUCAUCGUGUUAGUUAGUGCACGCUGCUUGCAAACACUCGUCGUCUUUUAGUCCCCGUUUGCGGCCUCUGCUAAACCAUCAGUAUGUUGAACUGUUUCAUCUCGGCCAUGUUGCCUCAGUAGUCACAUGGAAAAGGAUUUCAAUGUUUGUUUGUUUGUUUUUUUUCUCCAACUGCCCGAACAUGGGAGACUGUGUGUUCAACAGUGACGUCAUGGUGCUAUGGUGGGUUGGGGAAAUGGCUGAUUAAACUGUAUUCUUAUUUACAUCCAGAUGCAGAACAUGAUCUGUUUGUUUAACAGCCAGCUACUAUAUUUGAUGGCAUGCAUAUACACUAACACACAAACAUGCACAUAUACAGUACAUACAGUAUACCUGUACACAUACUGUACACAUGCACAUAUGCAUGUGCCUAGAUAAUGUAUGGGUCAGACCCCCCCACUGUGACCAACCGGUGGAGGCCAAGUGACUAUUGGCUGGCCCAAAAACAGUAUAAUUCCUCAUCAGCAAGGUACACUGACAAAGCUGGUGAAAUUGUGAAAACGUAGCGCUCUUUCCUUUCUCUUAUUUUAACCGGUAUGUUCCCUUUUUAUUUUGUUGUUGGAAACAGCCUCUGUAUGGUAUUGUCGUAUGCAAUGUGACAGCCAUUUGCUUUGUAUAUCUCGCUUUUUCAAGCUUCACACUACUCCUGAAAGCAGCUUGUGUUGUUUUUUUCUCUUUUUCUGUGAAGUGAUGCCUUUUAUCAAAGCAAUAGAUUUGCUGCAGUGUUUGAAUGACCCCGGACCUCACACACACACCUCGCAACUGUACAGACUCAAAAUAAAUGCACAGACAAUCAGAGGGAGAGAGAUAAGAGGGGGAGGGGAGGCACCCGGGCUCAGACCACCGAGUCGGCGUGUAGACCCGGGCCUAAAAAAGGCACAUUGGCCACGUUUACAUGCACCCGGGUUGUCCAGUGUCUGCUCUAGGUUGUCUUCGUGUCCAGUUGUUUACAGGAGUCUUUCGAUGCCUGUGACGGAGCCUGUCUGGUGCUAUUAAUAAACCAGUAAACAGUGUUGGCAGAAUGGUAGAGCUGAAGGUGAUGUCCCGUUAGUUCCUGCACCUCACCACAUUAUACAUAAGUGAAAGAAAAACAAACCCAAGAGCAUCAAGAAUAUCAGUGGAGACAGGAACAACGGGUCUGGUCACACAAACACACACAUCGGAUGCAUCAGUCUUAUUUUUCAGUGUUACUCUAAUGGCCCUUUUGGACCAAAACUGUCCCAGGAACUCAACUCAGGAACUCAAUCAGGUCCCCUUGGUGCGUACGUGUUUGCGUUUCCACUGCAUCUGAAGAACCGCGAUUAGUCUAACAAAACAGAUUAGCAGCUAAGGCUAAGGGAUUAAAAAGUGACAGCUUUGUGUUGUUGUUUGUAAUUUACUGUUGCAUGACCUGGAGAAGCAUCUCUGUCGUAACCCACACUUACCUCCUUUUUUAGACUUUGUAGACUUAGACUCAGGAGUUCCGCUGCACGGUUUACUUUCAUUCAACGUAGGUAACAUUCGAAGAAGCAUCCACGCUAAUUCCUACAGUAAUAGUAACAGGCUGUUGCUUGGUUGCGGUCUGAACGGCCUCGUGAGUCGGAGACGUUCAGUGCUGUAAAACCAAUACCUGCUAGACUAUCAGCACAUUCUACCUCAGGCGCAGGGAUUUACUGUGAGGCGCAAACUAUGGCCGAGGAACCAAAACAUGUUCCUGCGGUGAGACGUUAAGUUCCUGUGUCCUUGUAAAUGUCUUUCUGUUCCUGGAGAAUUUCAUGAGCUGGAAAAGGGCCAUGAUGAGAGUAGACAAUGGAAAAAAAAACGAACAUUCACUCGAUGGCUGUGGCAGUUCAUCACUAGGGGGUGUAUAAUCUCCACAAUAAACUAUUCAUACUUUUUAGGAGUCAUAGUUGUUAUUGGACAUUUAUAUGCAGAUUUAUGAGAAUGUUUAAUGGCCAUAAGCACAAGAACAGCCACAUUCAUCCUGCUUUGACUCCAGUGUUUGUCUCUUAAACCAUGUCUUAUAAUUUCUGUGAAAUCCCAAACUUGGGUAUUCACUUAUAAAUAUAAUAUAAGAUGAUAUUUUGCUUAUAGAAACAUACUUAAUUCAUCUAGUACGUUAAAGAAUAUUGACUAAAACUACUUUAAAUUCUUGCCAAACAUUCUUUUUGUUUCUUAAAUCAUAAUUUAAUUUGUAUAUGUUGAGAUUUGAUAAGAUUUUAUUGAUACCUGUGCUUUUGUCAUACCUGCGUAUUAAUCUGACUCUUUAGUGAAUCCCUUUCUGAUUCCAGAUCAGUUUUCAUCAUCAUUGCAACUGUUUAAUUGUGUUACAGUCGGAAUGCAGUGUAAAAACAGAGUAGAAAUAAAAAUACCGAUUCUAGCUGCAGUUCUACAAUAGUAUAGACGCAUGAGUUUUACAGCAUUGUUUUACAGCAUUGUUUCCAUUGAACCACUGCAAGAAAAUGAUGAUGGCAUCAGCAAAAGGACUUUCGAAGCUCAGACAGAUGCAAUUUCACUGGAUUAGAUAAUUUAGAACCAGUUCUCGAUAUCGAUCCCUAUCUGUGUGAGGAGGAGGAGGAAGAAUCACAGCAAUGAAGAAGCCGUCUUUCUUUCCUGGACAGUGAGUUAAAAUCUGAACAGACUUCAUUCAACAUAGUCAGUGUUGUGGAGCUAAUGAUGAACUACACAGCCGUCAGUGUGUGAUUUGUCAGAUCUACAUCUUCAUCCUGAGUCCGUUUGUGCAGCCAGACCCUUGUAUCUCCUAUUGAAUGUGCACUUGUUUCCACAGAGUGAGAUGGGGCGAUGAAAAAUAAAGACUGCACUGAAAAAUAAACCCCACCAUUACAUUCAGACUGAUCUGGGAAUGGGUUUUUUUUUCCCUUAAAUUCGCAGUAAAAAGUGAAGCCGUAACUUUCUAGAACUGACGCUCGAAAAACAGGCCGCAACUUGUGCAGACGACAACCACAAACUUCACAGUCGAGAAACAGACACCAAUAAAUGUUGAAAUCAUUAUUUCACAUGUUAGAAAAGACAUGAGGAAACUCAAUGACAGUGUUAGAAAUGAAAAAAGAACAUUUCCAUCAACCUUAAAUCCACAUUUAUCAGAUUAACAUGGCCACUUAAUGGAACAAACAGUUACUUUUAUGUUUAUGUUUAUGUUUAUGUUUACGCAUUUGGCAGACGCUUUUUCCAAAGCGACUUACAGGGGAAAACCAAUUAAAUCACUCAAUCAAUCAAAUUUUAUUUAUAUAGCGCCAGAUCACAAGAAAGUUAUCUCUUGGCAUUUUAUAUAUAGAGUUGGUCAAAACCAGACUCUAAGUCAAUUCUACAGAAACCCAACAGAAUCCUUUUAGACAAAAAUCCACAUUAGCACAAAUUUAACAGUGCAGUUUAGUUUCUGGAAACAUUCCUUUAACUUCUGCAUGUUCCUCUGUUAACCCUUACAUCCACUGAACUAUUUUUACAUCAACUUCCAAAUUCACUUUCCUCUACAUCCAAGUGAUUUAUAACCAUUUACUAUAAUAUUAUCCUCUGCAUUUUGCCUUUUUUAGUGAAAAUCAGGGGUUUAAUUUACAAUAUUUAAUUUACUGAUCGUGUAGAUGCUCAUAAAAGCCUAGAGUAAAUUCAAAAGCUAUUAUAAAACAGCAAAAACAGAAGAAAAAGCUACUUUUUCAACAAAAUAUAUCAAAGGAACUGAAAAACAACCGUCUAUAACCUCUGUCAUUUCCAUGUUCCUGGACGUCCAAAAGAGACAUAUCUGAUGUUGCGGAAAAGCUGAUAAACUGCUUUUUUUUUUUUUAAAUCAAGGUCCUUUUAUUUUCAAACGUAUAACAAGAAAUGACUUGGGCAUGAAACUAUUAUAUCAAGUUCCUAUCCAACUACCCCCUCACAAGUACUGGACCCUCAUUGAGUUUAUAUACACCCGGACAUUGUAUACACACAUACAAUAAUAUAUAAACCCCCUUCAAAUAUAUGAUAAAACUGCACUUACUGCACAAAUUAUUAAAAAGCACUGACAGAGUCAGUCAAUCAGUAGAUGCUUGUUUAGAUCUUCAGAACAUUUUUGCUUUAAACAGCUUUAUAUAAUUUAUCUGAUCUAAUUAUUCUAUAAGAUUGUCUGUAAUUUAAUCCAUUUAAAAGUAAAAAAACUAAAGCUGAAACUCAAACAUACUCCACUGAGGGACAUUUAUCGUGGUCUGGGAGUCUUUGAAGGUUGUGUACGAACUGGUAUUAAUAACCGUUAAAAAAAAAAAAAAAAAAAAAAAAAAGAAGAAGAAAAAAAGAAAAAUCCAUCACCCGGCGUAAUUACUUGAAUAAUCGUCACAGAGCUGGUGCAUGUAAACGUUACCGAUGCUGACUGCUGGUUCAGAAAAUGUUUACUGUUCCCGAAGAGGUGCCAGUACGCUGUUGUCUCUCCCGCGAGUUGUUACUCUUAAGGUUACUCAGUUACAUACCAAUAACAUGAGUUGCACCAUAGAAAAGCUAUUUUACAGUACAAAGGAAAAAGGAUGUAUAUUUUCAGACUGCAGAUUUUUUUUACGGAUGUUGUUAGCAUAAUAUGAAUAUGAUAUUGUUUUGCAUAGAGUUAAAAAAUAAAAAAAAAAAUUUAAAAAAAUACAGUUUCUUGCUCUCAAACCCAUUUCGAUGUCUCCGCAAAAGAACUUCGAGCAAGGUAUGAAUCAUAAAUGACACAAAAUUAGUGCAGCAUUAGUUCUAUGAUCAAAAGUGAUGGAUUAGUGCAGUUGUUGGACUUCACUGUCAAAAAAAACAAAAAAACAAAAAAAAAAAAACAAACAGCACAACUACACGUGAACACAUCUAAAGGACAACUUCUCGGUCAAAGCGUAACCAGCAUCAUCCACCAUCGACACAGAUCUCUCUCCUUGUGUGUUUGAGUGUCUUCUUGUUCAAUUCAUCUGUUUCAACACGUACUGGAAAAAUAAAACUGUCACAGAGAGAAAGGGCAGUGUGAUUCAAGUGUGUAUAGGUGAAGGAGUGAAUUUGUGCUGACGAAAAA